GGGAGAUGAAUUUGAUACUAGGGAGGGUGUAUUUCAGGACGCGUUGUUUUUAUUGUGUCUGUGUUGGAGUUACAGCGGCCGGGAGCUCUCACUGAGCGGUCACCUGCCCGGGCUUGUACGCGUUUCCAUAGGUACAAACUAGGAGGCAGUGAACGCAAUUGCAUUAGAGAAGCAUCCGAGAGGCAGCGGCGGCUGUAAGGGGUGAAGGAUUUGCAGCGCACGGAGUGAGGUGUGAGCGCUGGACUAGUGUGAGUCUGUCAACAAUGGGGGAAACGUAUACAUUUUCUGCCAGUCCAAAGAUUCAGAUGUUGGAGAGGGAUCUGGCAACAGACUUGGCGGAACUGAAGCAGGAGAUAGAGGAAAAUGGAAUACUACAAGGAUCACCGGCAAGGCCCUUCAGUUCUGUCGGCAUACCAAAGGAUAUUUCUCACUUCAGAAAGGAACGAGAACUGCACUUAAAGAAAGGAUUGCAGGUGGCCGAAGCAAAACCACUUCUAAUCCAAGCGGACGUCAUGCAGAGGGAGCUGGAAAGCUGCCUGAAACCGGAAUACACGUCCGACAGCUUACCUCUUCUCCUGCACCAGUUUUUUACGGAUCGGAUUCACCAGUUAGUUCAAUGCAAGUACCUGCACAUGCUGCGCUGGGAGAGGUUUUGCCAACAUACAAAGGUGAUGGAGCAGCUUUAUCCGCUCUACAAGGAACAAAUGUCUCGUGUCAUGAAGGAGCACGAUGACGCUGUACAGAGAGCUCAGAGGCUCUCCGUCGCACGGGAAUGCCUUUUAAUGGAAUCGGGCGACCCCAGCAAAUGUGUGACCCAGGACGAUAUCAUUAUCUACCUCCAGUGGCUGGUGUGUCACCUACACUCUGUCACACCUAUUCACAACUUCCUCAGGGUAAGGCACCAAUCAAAUCUCCAUCGCUCUUUCUGA